AUGGCGCAUGUGCUCGCUGCGCGUCGGGGCGGAGCGGCGCGACGCGGCCGGGCGCGGCGGCGGGGCGUUUCCUAUAGCCGCCCCCGAAGUAGCGCCCUUGGCUGCUUGUCUUUAACUAGCAGGUGGCCUGGCAGGUUGCGCUCCCUGGAGGGGCGGAGGGCGUGCGGCACGGUGCGCUGCUUGCCUGUGCCCUGCUUUUGGCAGGGGGGAACUGCUCCCCUUCGGCUGCCGCCCGCGGUCCCAGCUCGGUACUUCGGUGCUGCGAGCCCUCUGCCGUGGUUGCAGCUGUACUGCCGGUGUCUCCUGUUGAGAAGCAACUCUCGCAGGGCUUCAACUGCCCGGAGAAGAUGACACACUAGAGAAUUAUUACUGUUAAAGAGAAGAGAGAAUCGGUUAUCUAACGCUGCAAGACAGCCUGAUGCAUAGACUGUUCUUGUUUCACACUACUGGCUUUCCAAGAAUGGUAUUGCACUGAUUUGCAUCUUGGCUUACAUUUAAGAUGUGGCCAAAAGUUUCCUGUUGCCCCUCCCACGAUCUCAGCUGUUUGUCUGGUCUACUUGUAUGCAUAAAUUUCUGCGUAUGCAGUUUUGGAAAUUCAGCCCGUGCCCUUUCAAUGAAGUGAGGAGUAAAGCAUGAAAAGUUCUUCAUGUCUACAAUUUUUGCAAAUGCAGGCAAAUUUUCAUCUCACAGGAAGAAGAAUGUUGCAAUAAUCAAGGGCCUAUUUUAGAAACUGGAAAAAUCUGACUUGCUAAGUUAGAAGUGGGUCUACUAUCAACCAAAGAAGACAUGAAGGAACAGAAAAUAGCAUCUAUUCUCAUCUUUUUGUCUCAUAUAUGCUUUACAGUUUGGGGUUCUAGAAAACAGACAACAGUAUUGGGACAGUUUUCUAGAGACUGCAUCCUCCCUUGCUUUUUUCCACGUGGUAAUGAUGUAGUAAUUUACUGGAAGAUAAAGGACAAAAACGUACAUAGCUACUACUAUCAGAGAGAUCAACUGGGAAACCAAGACAUGGACUACAGAAACAGAACACUCCUUUUUCAUGAGGACAUUGGUAGUGGAAAUGCCUCCUUGAAACUUAGUAACCUGACCUUUACUGAUGAGGGCCUUUAUCAUUGCUAUGUGGGAACACAGCAAACUAAAACAGAAGAGGAUGUCAUGCUGCACAUAAGAGUUUCCUCUUAUUAUGCACUGGAAUACCAAAAGACAGACACAGAAAGGAUGCUGAAGUGCUCUGCCUUUCUUACUUACCCAAUGCCACGUAUAACUUGGACACAAGGCAAUACAUUCAUCCAACAAACAAAUCUGGAGGAAACCAGGGUUGGAAUUCUCUAUACUGUUAGAAGUGACCAGAACAUUACAAACACAUCUGUGCCUUACCAGUGUCAUAUUUACCUCCCUCAUGAAGAGUGGAUUGCUGAAUGGAAGAUAGAAGAGCAACUGUCCAGUGUGGAAGGAAAUAGCACUGCAAUUCCUUGUGAAUACAUUAAUUACACUACAAAGGGUUUCAAUGUUGUCUGGACAAUAAACAGACAUGCAGUCAUUUCGGUCCUGGCCUCCUUCAAUGGUACAUCUCACUCUGGCCAGCCACGAGCCCAGAUUAACCAAGCUGACUUUUCACUGAUAUUAAAUGAUCUUACUACAAAUGACAGUGGAGAAUAUCUUUGUAAUAUUUCAACACCUCACUACACAAGACUUAUUGUGAGAACUUUGCAUGUUGAAAAGUCAGAUAAUUCAGAUUCCACCUGGAUAACUGUAGGAGUGAUCAUUUCAGUGGCUGUGAUAUGCACCUGUGGCUAUUUCUUCUUCAAGAGUUACAACAAAAGAAGCAGCAUCAUCUAAGCCCCUUGACGUACCAAAAGGAAAAACCCUCUCUGCAAACACAGAUGCUCCUGAGAUUGCUGCUAAAAAAAGAAGCGUGAAAGAACAAAAACUUCCUUGAACAGCGAGGUUGAGUUACAGUCAGAAGCAAAUGGAAAUGUAAUUAUCUGAGCAACAGUAACAAGCAAAGAAACUGGCAGAAAAACUGUUCAAAUCAACUGACAUUUCUAUACAAUGAGUCUGCUCAAAAGACUGAAAAUAAAAUGAAAUUUCAUAGAAGAAAAAGGUUCAGUUUUGAGGGGUUUUAUUUUUCAGUAUAGAGGGAAGAGAGGGCUUGCUAUUUUGCUGACUUACAGAACUGGUGCAGACACUAACUGGCAGGACAGAUAUAAGCAGCAAGUGGCUGUGGAUUUUAAUCUGUGCUGCUUUAACUGUCUGCAUAUAAAGGACAGACGGCUGUGAAACGUGAUUGGAUUUGCCCUUGGUUUUGAAUUUGUCAAGAGAGCUGCCAAUUAAGAUUUGUUCCAACAUAAUGAAAUGGGCAAUCAGCAGAAUGUAAUCUUUUAUUGAUCCCUGGGGCUAGGCAAAAUAGAAAUACAAAGGAACAAAUGGAAUACACUAAGCAGUUUCUUUGGAUUUUCACUUGAUAUUUAUUUCUGUAAGUAAGUGCCUAUUUUUUGCUACUUAUGCUUUCAGUUGUGCAGCUGAUUAUGUGAAGCAUCUUCUCAUAACUGUCAACGUGGAUGGUAUUUAUUCCUCUUCAUGAACCUGAAAUGCAGUUGAGAGAAAUGGUAAACAUUCAUUAAAAAGGGAAGCAUUGAGAGAGGUUUAGAAUAAGUUCUCAAGUAGGUGAUAAAGGCUUCUGUUCCCUAAUGUCUCUGCUCCUAUGGCAUUACCAAGUUAUAGCUGAAUAGACCAGCACUAAACUAGCAUAUUAUAUUGAAGCUAGAUAGCAUUUCCUAUCUUACUUCAGCUAACAAUGUAGGUCUUUAGUCCCAGUGCUAGGGCAGGUAGAUCCCUCUUUGAUAGCAGAUGACUUUUAUACAGCACUGUUAGUGUACAGUGUUAUUCUCUCUGAACAGCACACACUUGCCAGAGUUCUCAGGGAUACGGGUACUAGUAGCAGUACACAAGCUAUUUCAAAGUGCUACACUAUUAAAAAUAAUCUAAAAAGUCUUUUUAGACUUUUUGUGGUGAACAGAACUCAACCUAUAGGCUUCCCAGUUAUUCCGUGACAAUAGAUUUCAUGCUCAAGCAUGAGGCUACAUCUGUUUUGUAGAAUUCUCUGUCCUUCCUUUGCUUUAGACCUAGUCUCUUUGGUGCCUUUCCAUUGCCAAAGGAGAUGAGUCAUGGCUCCUGGGGUAGCAUUUGCUGCCUGAAUGUGAGGAUGUUUCCUGGUAGCUGUUGCCAUUACUGCCACAAUUCCCUUCCUGUGGAAACAGCACCCUCCAUGUGUACCAUUGAGCUCAUCUUCUGACAGAGCAAUACUCUACUCUGAGCCAGUACUAAGAGGUUUGGUAACACCAAAUCUAUCUGACAAAAAUAGGCAUCCACUCUUCUGAAUUCUGCCUAUUUGAGGAAGAAAUAGGGUAUUAGUAAGAGAUAGGUAGUAAACUAUACUCUUAACUACAACGUAAAAAAACCCUACUUCCAUAGUUUACCUCUUUCAGUAUCUGUGUGAUGGCAUGGCUUUGUGAAAUUAUACAAGUUUUCAUCUGUUUUAUAGGGCUGGAAUAGUUUGAAGAAGAAAAAUACGUGAAAUGUUUACUAUUAAAAGCCACAAAACAUCCUGUGAGCUUCAGCUGCAAUACUGCUUCCAUCAUAUGUAAAUGUAUAAAAGACUAGUUCUUCAACUAGUUUGAUGUAGAUCUGCUCUGGUCAGUGGAGCUAGUAACUUAUAUCAAUUAAAGGUGACUCUCUUGGUGCAAUAUAAAAGCAGAAAUAUUCCUCCCACAGAAUGGUGGAUACAGCAGAGAAAAAGGAGGUGAUGGGAUCAUUGUGAUUAAAAAUAACAAAAUGAUAUGGAAAGGGUUCUUUUCUCUGACUUGAUGCAGGACCUGUCUUGCCUGUAAAAAAUCUAAGACAUUAAGCAUGGGGGUUUAUGUCACACUUCCAAAAGAAGUAGGUAAGGCAAUGAUCCAGCUUUUACAAAUAAUGGUCCGACACUCACUUGCUCUGGUUCCCAUCAGGCAAGCAGCACAAAUAAGCAAAGGUUUGCUUUCAGUUCUAAACCGAGUUCCUAGGCAUCUUUCAUUUUUAUCAAUAUUACUCUACUACCCUUUUGCCCAAGUGCAAAACAACACAGACAUAUUUCUAAUUUUUAAUGAUUUCCCAGCACCCAAAUGACUAAUCACUGAUAGUUUGUUUUCAUCUAGCCCUUAAAACCAACAUGUUUUCAUUGAACGAGCAGCAUUAGAGUAUGUGGCAAUCAGAGCAGUUAUCCCUAGGCUGUAUCAUGUACAUUGGAAUUUACAUCAUCAGAGGGGAAAAAGAUGGAGGUUUUUAAUACCCCUUGUAAAGAAAAUCAGUUCUGGGGUGUGGCUGCUGAGCGACAAAGGUUGAAUGACAACACUGAGGGGAUGGGCCUUUCACUUCUCGUAAGCUUCAGCUGCUUACCUUCACGUAAAAAUAGUGUUGACUGAAACAAAAAAUAAAGAACAUUUUUUGUACCCUAUGCUAUUUUAAGAGGUGCAACAGAUCUUCAUGUGUACAUUGUAUGCACUAAUGUGUAUUAAACAGUUGCAUCUAUGCCUUAUGUUAUAACCAUACCUUUUUCAUGCCAAUAUCUCUUGACUUGCUCCUCAGCUUAUUAACUUGGGAUUCAGCUAUUUCAGCCCUUUCUUCAGCAU